AUGUCAGACUCGCUGCUCAACCACUCCUGGCCAUCGUUUUCCAAGCGCUGGAAGAAGAGAUUGUCCUUUAAGCGAGGGUCUGACUGCAAGCCAUGCUUACGGGAAUUCACUGACCACCACAGCCCUGCCUUGGAGUAUCCCACCCCCAAAAGCUUCCUCCCAUCCCUGAUCGCUGAGGAUGAUUCCUUCUGCACCAGCAUGGCUGAAGAGAAGGAGGACUCGUCUUCCACAGAGCUGGAUGUGCCAGCAGCAGACUUGCACAGCAGCACGGAGGAUCUCCUCUCAGACUCUGCUCUCCAAGGCACAGAGUAUUACAAAGAUCUGGGACUCCUGAGUCUGCCGUCUGUCAAAACAGCACCAGACACAGCAGCACAGCCAGAACAAGGAUCCCAGACUGUGUCUGCCCUUCACUCAUUGGAAGAGAGACCAAGGGCUGUGAGCAAACUGUCUGUGGAUGUUGCUUUUUCCAAUCCCGUUUCCUGCUCGGUACGUUACGGCGAGGCCGACUGUCGUUUUCUGAACAAAGGCCACCUGUGCUCCUGUGCAGCCAUGCCAGAGGGUGGUACCAGCACUUCUGAGCAUCCUGCAGAGGCAGACAACGAGCUGGACCUGCAGGAGGCCCAGGAUUCCUUCCCCACGCUGGUGAGAUCGAUGUCCACGUCCCGCAGGCACAGCUGGGAGAGCCCUGUGUCACCCGUGGACUGCAGGCGCAGGUUCAGCCUGGAUGUGACAGAGCUGGGCAGCGACCCAGAGCAGGACGAUGUGGAGAAGAGGAGCCAGUCCUGCCUCCAGCCUCAAGUGUCUCUCCAGCUGCCCAGAGGGGAGCGGGGAGCCUGGAGCAGCAGCCAGGGUGGCACGGUGAUCAAAGUGGAGAUUGAGCCACUGCACCCAGACCUUGUGGCCACCCCCAGCCUGCAGGAGGUGAAAUGUGUCAGCAACGGGAAGAGACUGAGGUCCAAGUCUGUCCCAUCAGCCUGUGACACCAUUGCCUCCCCCCAGAUAUCUCACAGUUUCAACACUUCUCUUCCAGCUGUGGAAGGUGUUGAACCCCCUGCUCUGGAGAUGCUGGAGAAGGACCACGUGUCCCCAGACCACGUGCUAAUUGUCCAGAAGGUACUUCAGGAGCUGAAACAUUACCAUGGGGCGAAGCAGAGAGCUUGUGUGCAAGAAGGCAGCGAUUCCUCCCAGCAGAACCUCACUUGGUUCGAGUUCCUGUCUAAUGAAAAUGAGGACAGUGGGAAGAGCGAUAAAGCAGAGAAAGGCACAAAGGUGAUGCGACGUCUGAGUUCCCUGCGGAGCCGAGUCACUGGAUCCUGGCAGAAGGAUAAGGGUAAGAAUAAAGAGCAGCUCAAGGAGAGAGACAAGGAGAAAGAGACGAAGGAGACAAAAGAGAGGUGUAAAGAUAUCAAUGGGCACCAGCUUGUGCCAGGGGUUUUCUCCAGUUGCACCAGCUGCUCACUGUGUGCCAAACCUCUUGGGAAUAAAAGUGGUCUGCAGUGCCUGAAUUGUGCAGUGAAUGUCCACAAGAACUGCAAGAAUUUGCUGACUGAAUGCAGCAGCAUCAGACCCAAGCAGAAAGAUUUGCAGCACAGACCUUCUGGAUCUCCACAAAGUUCGCCCCAGUGCAUUUCCCCAGCCACUUCUCUGAAGGAGCAGCCCCGAAGUCUCCUCCUGGGAGCGGAUGGCACCCCAGCACUGUCCCGCAACCUCGGGAUGACUAUCGCCCAAAGGGGACAUUCCCAGCCUUCACUGAACACUGCUGGAGCUGUUAACAAAUUUGGGCUAAUUUCAGGAGACAUGGAUGAAGGGGAUUCAGGCUUUGUAAAAUUUAAGCAGACUUCAGAUGACGUUAUCUCGCUUGCACCUUCAACAACAGACUCCAUUUUUCUGGAAGAUGCAUAUUCUGUGUCCCUCCGGAGUGAAAUAGAAACAGAUGCUCAUGAGUUUGAGGCAGAGUCUUGGAGUCUUGCAGUGGAACAGCCUUAUGCAAAAAGGCAAAGGAAAGAUGUUAUCAAAAGGCAAGAUGUCAUUUAUGAACUAAUGCAGACUGAAAUGCACCACGUUAGGACACUGAAAAUAAUGCUGAAGGUGUACUCCAGAGCCAUGAGAGAGGAGCUGCAGUUCUCACAUGCAGUCAUCAACAAGCUCUUUCCCUGUGUGGAUGAGCUGCUGGAGAUGCACGGGCAGUUCCUGCUCCAGCUGAAGGAGAGACGGAAGGAAUCCUUGGAAGAGGGCAGUGACCGAAAUUAUAUAAUCCAGAACAUUGGAGACCUCUUGGUAAAACAGUUUUCAGGUGAAAAUGGGGAGAGAAUGAAAGAAAAAUAUGGUGUGUUCUGUUGUGGACACAAUGAAGCUGUCAGCCAUUACAAAGACCUGCUCCAAAGCAAUAAAAAGUUCCAAAACUUAAUAAAGAAAAUUGGGAACUGCUCUAUUGUGAGGAGGUUGGGAGUUCAGGAGUGCAUCCUCCUGGUCACCCAGCGCAUCACCAAGUACCCAGUGCUGCUGGAGAGGAUCAUCCAGAACACAGAAGCUGGAACUAGAGAUUAUGAAGACCUGACCCAGGCCCUUGGUUUGAUUAAGGACACCAUCAGCCAUGUAGAUGCCAUGGUAAACGAGUGUGAGAAGGGGCAGCGACUCAAGGAGAUCAUGCACAAAAUGGAGCUGAAAUCAUCUGGGAAAUGCAAGAAUGGGCUUUUGUUCAGGAAGGAUGACAUGGGCCAGAGGAGGCUCCUCCUGGAUGGGAUGCUGUACUGGAAAGCUGCAUCAGGGAGGCUCAAAGAUAUUCUGGCAGUCCUGCUCACUGAUGUACUGUUGCUCUUACAAGAAAAGGACCAAAAAUACACAUUUGCAUCUGUGGACUCUAAGCCACCAGUUAUCUCACUGCAAAAAUUGAUUGUGAGAGAGGUAGCUAAUGAGGAAAAGGCAAUGUUCUUAAUUAGUGCUUCCUUAAAAGGACCAGAAAUGUAUGAAAUUCACACCAGCUCCAAAGAGGAGAGGAAUUCCUGGAUGGCACACAUCCGCAGGGCUGUGGAGAGCUGUCCUGAUGAAGAAGGAGGUUCAUUUAAUGAACCUGAGGCAGAGAGAAGGCUGGCUGAAGCAAGAGCUGCAAAGUUAAAAGAUUUUCAAGAGCGUUUGAACAUGAAAGAUGACCUGAUUCUGCAGAGUCUCACUGAGAAACAACAGAUUUAUCUGGAAAUGUCUGAGGUGAAUGGCUUUGAAGACCAUUCCCAAGGAUCCCGAGCCAGGCUGCUCCUUCGGGGGGAUAUCUCAGAGAAUCUGCAAGGAGAGGCAAUUCUGAAGUCUGCAGUGACUGAAGCUGAGAAUCUCCAGGAGUUUAUCUUCACUCACUUUGGCAGUGCAUCCUGUCAGCCUGAGGAUGGCUCAGGACUCCCCCGGAGAGCAGAGACCUUUGGAGGAUAUGACAGUAGUCCCUCAAUUUCAAGUAAAAGUGGCAGGAAGAGCAGUGGAGGUGACCAGAGACAGUGGGACUGGAGGGGCCCUGCACUGACUUCAGAUGUGCAACUCCAUGACCCCUCUUCUGAUGCAGAAGAAGGAUCUCAAACUAGUGAUGGGACAAGGCUGGAUGACAGCAGUGGUGCUCAGCCCACCGUAGAGUCUCAGCUUGUCCAUAGGAUACAGACACUGUUGCAGUUGCUCUUCAGUCUUCAGGCUGUGAUAUCUCAGCAGGACAGCUACAUCGAGGUGCAGCGAGCCACCAUGGCCGACCGGGAGAAGCAGUACCGGCUGCAGUCCACGCGGGGCAACCUGCUGCUGGAGCAGGAGAAGCAGAGGAACUUUGAAAAGCAGAGGGAAGAACUGAUGAACGUCCAGAAGCUCCAGAGCCAGCUGAAGCUGGAGCAGCAGCGCCUGGAGCGGGAGAAGAGCCGGCAGCAGAGGGAAUUUGAGCUGAAGGAAGCGCAGCUGCAGGAGCGCGCCGAGGAGAUGCGGCAGCUGCGGGAGAGGCUGAGCCAGGACAGGGAAGAGCUGGAGAGGCAGAGGGAGGCCUACCAGCACGACCUGGAGAGGCUGAGGGAGGCCCAGAGAGCUGUGGAGAAGGAGAGGGAGCGCCUGGAUCAGCAAAAGAAGCUGAAGAAGCAGAACACUGUGUCGGGCACCUUCUCCCCAGAAAUGGGCCAGAGCCAGAUGAUCAGUCACUCCAUCAGCUUCAAUGGAGAAGGGGUGGAACCCUCUGCAGCUGGCUCCAAAGCCUCAGUGAGGGUGAGCUCAGUGGCCGGGCUGGAGUUCCUGGAGCGGCCGGAGCUGGCGCGCAGGGACAGCACCACCCUGGAGACCCGGCCCUCCCUCAAGAACGAAGUGCCAAUCCAUCUCCUGAGUGCAACCAACCAGAUCCAGAAACCAGCUGCAGUCCAGCAGCAGAUCCCCACCAAGCUGGCCACCUUCACAAAAGGAAGCAAGGAGAAAGGUGGCAAGAGCAAAGCAUCUCAUAGGACAGACAGUUCAGCCUCUGUUGAUCAGAAGCAGCUGCUUCCCCCCAGGCUUGCAGGACGAGAGGAGGCUGUGCUGAGAGGCAGGAGGUCAGCGAGCCCAUCCCUCCCAAGCAGCCAGAGCUCUGCAUUCCAGCCAGAACUGUAUGGCCCUACAGAUGCUCAGCCAGAAGCACUUUCAUCUGCCUCAGCGACCCUCUUCAAGCCCAACAACGUUCAGGUUCAGCCCCUGGUGCCCUCUCAGCCCAAUCUGUUGAAUGUGCAAGAUGAUACCAGCAAAGAAGAUGUCAUUUUCUUCUAAUUGUUUGCAUUUGAAGACGAAUCACCUGCCACACUGGUUCAAGAACUCAGGCCCCAGUGUGCACGGUGGUGGAGACCCCACAUGGAUGGAUGUCUUCUGAUCCCUGCCCAGUUACUACAAGCAAGGACCAGACCAGGAUUCCUGUCCUGCUUUGAGGGCACAGUAGUAACAAUUUGCUUUAAAAUUCUCCAGUGUGUUGACACAUGGCAUGGCUAUAUCAAUUCAGAGCAUGUUAAAAUUCUGACAUUUAUUGUAAUGUGCUCUUUUUUGGAGAAUGUAACUGCUCAUGGGCACCAUCUUGUAAAUUGCUAUCGGUGAUGUUGAACCACCCAGAUUUUUAUGUAAAAAAGUUUUAGUAGUAGGCCCCAAAAUGGCUGCAAAUUUUUAAAUCUGUUUUCCCAGGUCCAGGUCAGUAAUGGGUUGUGUGUUGGUAAGCAGGUGACAGCAAGCCAGUCCCCUCCCUGCCAGGUGUGCCAGGCCCUGUGAACCCAGUGGUACAAGCCCUGUGGCCAGGGACAGUGGAAGAGAAGGUAAGGUGAGCUUCUGACAGCAUCCUCAAGGGGCAGGAGCUCCACCUGUUUGUGGAGGAGAAGGGUUGGACGUGUGAGAAUUCACAGUGAGGAUGAAGAGUUGGACUGAAUGCACAUUUCAUUGGCCACCAGCAUCACUGGGAUCUGUCUCCCUGUUGGGGACAGCAGAACAGGUUCCCAGGCAAACUCCUGAGUUGGUUCAGAAUGAACUUAGAGACUUGGAUUCUGUUCUUUGCUGAAGACAUGUCUAAGAAGUGUUCAAAUGCAGUAAUUUAUUGUCUUGUUUAUUCCUGUUUUCUGCAUCCUUUGUUUGUCUGUUAAUUUGUUGGGACUUUACUCCCAGUACCAGAAGAUAUCAAAGCUGCUGUUGCUGCAGAGGCUUCUCUGCAGCAUCAUGUUAGGAAUGAAGGGAAUAAGAACUGUUUGGUUUUAGAAUUAAAUAUAAUUAUAAUAAAAAAUACUCUCAGCUAAACCUGUGUUUAGCUGCUUUCAGCUAAACCAGCUUUGAUACCUCUUGUGAAAUGGGUCAGUUCUUGAUCAUGGAAUGGUGGUGACAUUAAGUGUUCUGCUCAAAAAGGCAUUAUUUCCCUUUGUAGUAAUUUGCACAGUCAGUUUGUGUUGUGUUUUUCACUCUGUGUCCCAGAUUCUUUUCCCACCCUCACCCAAGGAUGUGUGUUCUGGUGUGUGUUGAGUGUGACUGGUCAGAUACUGAUGCACAGGAGAGAUUGUUACAGAAUUAAAGGAAUCAGGAUCUCAAAGCUUAAAAUCUUGUAUUAAUGCCUCUCAGGGCAUGAUUGAUAAUAGCUUUUUUAAAUACCUUUAACUGAUUUAAAGUGAUUUUAGCAGCAGUGAGUGGAAGGUCUGGUCAGUUCUCCAUGCAGUGUCAUGUCAGUGGAUCCAGUGGUGUUUGCCAGUCCCUGUGAUUAGGCCCUGUGUGAUGUUAAUGAUGUCUUUAAGGCCAUAACUUCUCUUUGCUUGAGAGUUUUAAAAUUAUUUCAGUAGUUGCAGUGCAAGAAACGUUAUCAAUUUUCAGCAGAAAACAGCAGCAGUUUAUAUUUUCAAGUGGUGAUAAUUUGACUAAUUGCCUUCAGACAAGAAAUUGAAGAAAGGGGAAAGAUAAGCUACAAAAUUCUGAAUAAAGUCUUAGGGACAAGCAGUCCUGCUGGAACAGUUCUUGGAUUUAAGGUUCUUUUUCUUUUCUGAGUGGUGCUGGUGCAAA